UGUACCGAGACGAAGCGAUACAAUAGAAUAACGUUUAUUUAUGAAAUUAAAGGACGUCGAGUUGGUUUCAAAUACUUCGAAACGAAUAAAGGAAGUAGGUCGUCACGUGAUUAUUGCAUUAAAUAUCAGAGGUUUUUGUUAGUUGUUGCUUAUAUAAAAUCUUCUGUUAAAUAUAACAUUCAGAUACCCCCUCCCCACAUACACACACACAUAUAUAUAUAUAAGCUCUUUGUCAGUUUAGGGUUUGUAUAUUCCAAUACAUUAAGAUCAUUACAUCACAAGAAAUAUAGUUAGACGCAAAAAGCUCCGGCAAAGUUCUCUAUCAUUUGUAAUUUAACGUGGAUUAAAUAUGAUUUCUCGUCUGUCAACCAAACUGUUGUUGUUGCUGUUGUUAAUGGUGAUGACGAUGAUGAAGUCGCCUUACGCUUCAGCCACUAUUGAAAUGGAAAUUCAGCCGGAAACAGGUCUGACUUUUGGAGAAGAUGGGUUUAUGUCUAUAGAAUGUCGCACCGAUGAAAGCAAUCCACUUUCGUUCGCCCUCAUACGAAAUGACUCCGAAAUUGUGAGGAUGCAACACAACAAAAGUACAUCCACUAAUAAUGUCAUAUACAAUACCGAUAAUUUCCACUGUUAUGCAAAUGGACAAAAUAAUUCCUAUGUGUUUUCGUGCUCUAACUGGAACGUUACGUGCAACGAUGUCGGAUCGUACAGAUGUUCUGUAAAUGACAUCCAUAUUUCCAGUGCAAAGACUCUAGCAGUGAAAUCUUAUAUAAAAAGUUUGCAAUAUGUUGACGGUUCCAGUUCUGGGAGAAAAUAUGAUGGAUUCUCGUGCCAAGCAGUUACUGGGUUAGACCCUGGAACUCGGGUAACCUUCGAAUGGGAAACCUUUAAUCUUAGAUCUGUGUUAACAGAAAUGACUACAACAGAAACAGUUGUUCCUGAUUCUGGCAAGUGUUAUAGUGAAGUAUCUUCAUUCCUUUCGGUCUAUAUACCAAAGAUUAUGGACAUCCGCUGUUCAGUAUUUGGCGAGUCACACUGUAAGUAA